UUGUUCAGAGUGUGGGCCAGAAAUGAUAGAAAACCAGCUAUUUGUCUGCUACCCAGAGUCUCCGUCGUUCCUGACGUAUCGAGCCAGACUGGAGGGAACCUCUGAGAGGGACAGUGGCUCCCUCGUCUCUCUGAUAGAGGCCUGGGUGAGAGGAGGCGGGGCCAGCCUCGUCCUGACUGGAGUACAGAUGAGUCUGGACUCAAGCUGUGCAGUAGCCAUCUCUUCCCUCAACGAGCCUGAGUGCUCUCCUUCUCACACUCCUACUGCCACUUCAUCUCCUUCCACUGACAUGCCUGCUGUCGAGAGAAGCAGCAGUGACGAAGGGCCUGCACAAGUUUCAGAUGCUAUAAUCGGAGGAGUUGUGGCAGUUGUCAUAGUUCUUAUCAUUACUAUUGCUGUGAUAACCAUUAUUAUUCUCGUCUUAAGGAAUCGACAUGGAGAAGUUUCACCGAAGAACAUUUCUGACAAAAAGUACAGGUCAGGAAGUGGUGAUAUUCACACCUCAACUAACGAGGCCUAUGGGAAGGUGGGGGGAGAACAGAGAGAAGAGGGAUAUGAGCUGGUGGACAUCUCUCAUGGAGAACCUCCUCCCCCUCCAGCUAAACUGGAGGAGAUGUAUGAGGUUCCCUUGUCCUCUGCCCCUCCCCCCAGCCAGCCCCUCCCCACCAUCCCUCUCCCUCAUACUGAUGCUGACACAGAGGAGAAAGACACUGCUGUCUAUGAUGUCAUUCCUGGAGAUAUGUGACUCUACAUUCGUGCGCCAUGGCGUGACUUUUGACUGCACUUGUCACAAUAUAGUUUUUUGUAGCUCAGUUCACAACUCUAUGA